AACCGCUCCGUGGUUGACGUUUUUAUUUUUUUAUUCGAGUUUAAAAAAAAUGGCGGGCAGUGGUAGUCAUUGAAAUGUUUUUAUUUUGAUAUUUUCGUGUUUAUUUCUUGAUUUCUAUCCAAGUGUUGUGUGUUAAAAUUAAAAGAAAUUAACAAAAAUGAUUAUGGAACGGUGUGUGUGUUUCUUCCUACUUUCUUUAGUAUCCCAGUCAUUCGCUUCAGUGAUCAUUCCUGAAGAGCUGCCAUCUCUACUUUCAGUGGCGUACUCAAAUAUACCGCCUAUUAAAAAAGGGACGGACUCACGUGUUGGUUUCGGCUUCGCAUUUGGCAACCAUGCUGACUUCCAAGUCAUGUUCGAGUUGGGACCUCAAACGAAUACACAGGCUCUAAAUGGUCAAGGUUUCCAAUCAACAUCUUCGAAUGCCAAGCGACAAGUCAAUUCGCCACCGCCGGCGAAACUACAGAAAAAUAAAGAAAAGUACCACUCAGACGCGAGCAAAUACCUCCAAAAUUGGGCGCAGAAGAUGAAGUUCCCCCAAAAGCAGGUUCAAAAUGUUCAGAAACCCGGCGACGUGCCAAACUUAGAAGACUCCAUGGUGGAACUCAUUAAGAACGAGAAGGGAGAAUAUGAAAUACAUCAACCGAAACCCGGGAACUUGCCACAGAACAUUCUAGAAGAUCUAAAGAAGCUAUACAAGCUGAAAAGCGAGGCCGCGAAAAAGAUGGGUGGCACAAAACGAAGCGAGGAGGAAGUUAAGAAAAUAACAGAAGAUUUGUCCAAUGUGGAUCUUGAUUGAGUCUUUUUUGUAUAUUUUUGUAUUUAAGUAGUUAUGUAAUAAAUGGGGCUUUCUAUAG